AUGGCGGAAGCUGAACCAGAGAAGCAACAACGACAACAACGAGUCGGAGGGGGAUCAUCAAUUCUGAGGAAACCCUUUUCCGAUCUCACUAACCUCAUCCCUAAACCCCACCGGCAUUCGAUUUCUACUUCAUCAUCCCAAGCGAAGAAGCCCAUAACGUCCACCGAUCCCACCAUGUCCCUUUCCAGAACCGGCUCCACCCAAAUCCAUAGUCUCGUGCAGCAGCAAUUCACCGCUCCGAGGGACCAACAUCCUCUUCCGACUCCUCGGACUCCGAGUCCUGUUACUCUCAAUCUCCCCCACACACAAAAACGCCGGUAUGAUUCGGUUGGUGAUGGGAAGCAUAUAUCUUAUACCGGAAGCCAAACAUUGAUGAAAACUAGAAGCAAGACAAAGGCUGAUGCUAUACCUGUUUAUCCGAUUCAUCUUGAAAGAACAAUAAAUAACAUGAAGAGUAUUCCUAUGCCACCUAGAUACCCACUAAUGGAGAACACCAUUAACAUGGAGCCGCUAUCUGGGGUGAAGUUUAACAACAAAAAGAAAGCAGUUAUGGGUUCUAGUCUUACUGAUCUUUCAAAGAAAUAUGAAGAAAAAAUGGUAGCUACACCUAUCAACAGGUAUGAGGUUAAUGGAGCAGAAGAUUCAUUAGAAUCUAAGUCAACAAAAGUUCAUUUUCCGAAUAACAAGAAAAGGAGGCACUCAUCAAAGAAAAGUUGCAAAAAAUUUGUAUUGCCACAAGAUUUUAUUGACCAACAAAGAGCUUACUUUAAAGAGAUUGAUGAGUAUGAAUUACAAGUCGAAGAAGAAGCGGAUGAAAUAUCCUCCUAAAGAAUAUUGUAUAUUGUCUUCUUGAACUUUAUAGAAGUUUUAGGUGGAUCAAUUGUAGAUCAAAGUGUAU